AUGGUCCACAGAAGCAGCAUGAAUCCCCUGUGGCUUAUCUUUUUAUCUUUCCUAACUUCUGUGGGGACUCUCGGAAAGCAUGUUCCACCUUCUGAAGAGUUGUUCCGUUUUGUGGAUUACUCGAAAGUACCUUUACCUCAAAGUCACUUGGAGGAGGAUGAAGAAGAAGAUGGUGCUGAAGAAAACAGUGAUGAUGAACACAGUCAAGAAAAAUACAUUGAUCAUAGAUGUCCAGCAAUUCUUGAAUAUAACUUUCUAGUGAAUGAUCUUUCAGGCCUCCUUAUGUCUUCAAUGGAGAAAAAGGAUGAAAAUGCUAAGCAGAGGUCUAAGGCAGAGGAAGUAUUUCCAUGUGAAUAUCAGGAGAAGAGUUCAAGCAUGUCACCAUUUAGCACCAGAUGCGAACCUACAAAGAGGUCAAGAAACUCUUCCACAGUGAAACUUGAAAUAAAACUUGAAGACUCUGAUGAUGAAUGUGAUCUUGUCAUUGAUGUGCCCCCACUCACUCUUAAUAAAAAGCCAAGAGUAACUAGAUACUGUGAAAACAGUAAUAAGGAUGAACUGGCUGCCAUAAUAUGUGCAGAAGAACUGUAUGCUAAUGACAUAGCAAACAGUCCCUCUAAGUGUAGAGUAGAAGAAUCGGAGGAAAUCAUCACUUGUCAAAAGAAUGAUGGGAAUUUAAAUAAGUCUAAAACACUAAAUGAUGUUUCUCCAGAAACUAAUAAGAUAUAUUUGUCUGAUGUCAACAUUGAAAUACCAAAGUUUUCAGAUAAACUUAUGGUGAAAACAAAUGCUUUUGCAUAUUCCGAGGAAAAAUAUAGGUCUUCAGCAAUUUGUCUUGAAGCAGGCAUGCAGAAGGAAACUCUGAAACAAGAAAAUGCAGAAGCUAAUAUGCCAGCUGAAGCAUCUGUUCAGGGUCAUAGCCUUGAUAACAGUAUAUCCAGCAAAAGAGUAGCACAGUCUGUCUUGAACACUGGCUACUCAUUGAGAGAGAAAAGCGUAUUAGGAGGAGAUUGUAAGGAAAUGAUAAUAAAUAUAGGGAGGAUUCAGAGCAUAAAAGAAAGUACAGGUAAUGAUAUUCUAGAAGACACAUGCCCUUAUCUGGCUGAUUAUUUAAAUGUGGGCAAGGAGGUCUGCUAUAAAACAGACCUGACUAAGAAGAGUAAUAAAAAAAACCUUGUUGAAGUUGCAUGUGCAAACAAAAAAACUGAAACGAUAAUAUUUGAUUCGUCUUCUGAGGAAGAGGAAUCUCAUGAGGAGGAUACAGAGCUCUCGGAAUCAGAUGAUCCAGUAGAAGAGUGUCGGAGAAUUUUCUACGAGUUUGAAAAAGAAAUGCAAAAGAAAGAUGAUAAGGUACAUAGCAAAAAAGAAAUUGUGCCUUUCAGAGCAUCUUUACAACAGAGUGAUAGUGCAAGAAUCCAGCAGGAAGCAAUGGAGUUCACAGCUGUUGGUAAAAAUGAACAAGCUUUUGUUGCUACAACUUCUGGAAAGAAGGAACCUGUGUCUGUGUUGUCAGCUACUGAAGUUCAAAGCAUAGGACCAAUGGCUUGUUUUAACUCGCUUAAAGUUCAGCCUAUUGAAGCCAGUAGCAGUCAACUGUGUGUACUACUUGAAGGAAAUGUUAUGACAUUAGUGCCUUGUAGACCUUCCUUUAAAAGAAUUGUUCCUGUGCAGAGUAAGGUUUCUACUGGAAAAAAGCUUUCCAUUCCAGAAUCAGGAUCCAAAGUACCACAUGACAUAAGACAGAGAUAUUUCAGUUUCUUUCUUGAAGAAUGCUUCAAAAUUUGUGGCACUGUGAAUGAAGCUAUUGAUAAGGCCCUGAUAGAAGAAAAAUCCAUUUAUAAUCGUUGUGGCAGUAAAAAUAUGUACCUGAAUAUUGCUGUGAACACCCUCAAAAAGCUAAGGGAUCAUGGUAGGAAACUUAGUGACAGCAAGUCCGUGAGUGAAACUGGAUCUAUGAAGUCAGAGGAGAAGAGUGACCUUACAAAUGCUGCUCUGUAUGAGCUUUUGGAAGACUAUCUUUUGACUAAGGAACAACUGAAUGAAAAUAACUUCCCUCGACCACAUCCUGAAAAAAAUGGUAAUGCUGUAUUUAAUGGGAUUAUAAAAAAAGUUUUCUAUGAUGCUUUCAGAAGACUGUGUUGUAGGUGUGGCAAAGUAUACACAGUUAAUUCCUCAGGAAAACAUAUACGUAAAGAAGAAUGCAAUUACCAUUUUGGUAGAGUAUUAGAACAAAGAGUUCCAGGUGGCAUGGAAAAACGCUAUAGCUGUUGUGAUGGAAUAGUUGGAUCUCCUGGGUGUCAGGUUGCAAAGCUCCAUGUUCAUGAUGGGAGACGGGAGACCCUGGGAGGUUUCAUGAAGACAUUUACUAAAUCACCCCCUUUUGACGGAAACUAUGGUGUAUACGCUUUGGACUGCGAGAUGUGUUACACAACACAAGGCUUGGAGCUUACCAGAGUGACAGUGGUUGAUCCUAAGCUGCAGGUUGUCUAUGAUUCAUUUGUUAAACCAGAUGGAGAAAUCAUAGACUACAAUAUGAGAUUCUCUGGAGUAACAGAGCAUGAUUUGAAGAAUGCUACAACGUCUCUUCGGGAUGUACAGGCAAUACUGCUUAACUUGUUCAGUGCAGAUACCAUUUUAAUUGGACACGGCUUAGAAAAUGAUUUAUUUGCUCUCAAGCUAAUUCAUGACAGAAUAAUAGACACGUCAGUAAUGUUUCCUCAUCGGCUAGGUUUGCCUCAUAAAAGAGCACUUAGAAGUCUAAUGGCUGACUACCUGAGGAGAAUUAGUCAAGAUGAUGUUGGUGGUCAUAAUAGUAGUGAAGAUGCUAUUGCUUGUAUGGAACUAACACUUUGGAAGAUCAAGGAAGAUAAAGGAAGAAAAUGGUGACAAUUAUAGCUUUGGAGGAGCAA